GCACUUGUUUAGAAGCUAAUGAAAGCCGGCUAAGCGGCGUUAGCACCGCUGCUGCACUGUAACGUUAGCUAUGGCUGUCAUUAGGCUAAGCUAGUUCGGAUCACUUUAGCGUUAAGUUAGCGUUAAUGACUCUUUUGAGGAGUAUCGCUACAUCAAACACGCGGAUUGGCCUCUCUUUUGUCAUCAGUUAUUUUUUCCACAAUGGCAUCGUCUGCAAUGAUCACCGUCCCCACCACCGCCUCCCGCUUCGCCCUGCUCCAGAUCGACUCGGACUCGGACUCGGAUGCCUCAGAGGUGGGCAAGACCACCACCAAAGGCGGACGGGACGGGAAAAGCCGGCAGGGGAAAGCAGCUGUUGGGGGCAAAGCCGCACCAAACAACGAAAAGAAGAAAGACAAGAAAAAGAAAAAGAAAGAACAGCAACAGAGCGAGGCUAGCGAGUUACGAAGUCUGGCCUUUAAAAAGAUCCCUCAGAAGUCUUCUGCCCCUCCUCCCAUUACAACACUUCAAGGAGUAGCCAAUGAACUUCUCAAUCCUACAGCAGGGGACCAGAAUAUACCCUCAGAAGGAUGGCAACAGUGGAAGCAGAGGGACGAGCAGAUAACCAGUGAGCUAUAUGAAGCAGACUUGGAAAAGGCCUUGAUGCUUAGCAAACUGGAGUAUGAACAACAGAAACAACAGGUGCACAAUAACAGCACACACACGUCCUCGCCUAAAUCAGGAGGAGGAAAGAAAGAGAAGAAGAAGAACCAGCAGGGAAAAGAUAAAAAGACGGUUUCCCUGCAGGACUUCCAGGCAGAGGGCAGUGUAGAACAACAUUUAAGUAAGAAACAGGAGAAAGAGGAAGCCACCAGAGUAGCCAAUCUAGCAGUGGGAACAGGGCAGGAGGAGCGGUUCUUUAAUAAGCUGGAGGAUGACGUCAGUCGGAUCAUCCAACGGGAAAAGAGGCGCGAGCAGUACACCAGCAACCAGGGACAAGAGGUCAACACCUCCACAGAACACGACCUGGACCCUCGAGCAGAGCAACUCAAGUAUGAGCUGGAAAAGAAAGACCAGGAGAUUGACAAACUAAAGAAGACCAUCUCACAGUGGGAGGUGAAAUACAAAGAGGUGAAAGCAAGAAAUGCCCAGUUACUGAAGAUGCUGCAACAAGGAGAGAUGAAAGAUAAGGCAGAAAUCCUUCUACAGGUUGAAGAGCUAUUAAAUAUCAAAGAAGAGCUGUCGUCACAGGUAUCAUUACUGCAUGCUGCUCUUGAACAAGAGAAGUCAAAAGUCAAAGGCCUACAGUCUGAACAGCCAAAACAUCAGGGCAACAAGAAGGGGAAGAAAAGUUCAGAGUCAGAUCUAUGAAGAUUCCCACAGGAAGACACCUUUACUGUAAAAUGAAAUGAACAAACAAAUGAAGACAACCUCUGCUGAUUACUGUCAGGGUUUCCCUCCCUUUGUUUAUGAAGUUUCUCCUGUCUUAUGUCAGCACACUAUGCAUGCCCCCUGUCAGCACACAUACAUACACUCAAACACACACACUCAUACA